CCCACUCCAAACCAUCUAGAGGGCUUUGGAACGCAGACUUUUUCAGGACAAAUGGGGUCUUAAGGAAUCCCAUCUUGAGGGGACCUUCCCUAAGUAACCUUAGGGACCUAGAGGAGCGGUGGGGGCGGGGAGGGUCCCGGGGUCUAGGUAAAAGGCACCGUGACCAUCGGCUAAGGGUGAGCGACGCUGUUCCCAGGCCGGCACCUGCGCUGGACCACCCUGCGAGCAGCUAGGCGGGGACCCCACCGCGGCUGAUGACACAUCCCCCGACCUCGUGGCCGGGUGGGGUGUUCUGCACCGCGCCAUGUAAGGCAAGGUCUACUCGCUGCCGGUGGGCUCUAAUGCCUCCCAGGCCACCCCAGUGCCAGCCGCCCACCACCGCCCACCCGGACCCCAGUGUCCUCGGACAGGAUCGCGGGGCAGGGAUCCCAGGACGCCAAGGCGCCCCCUCUGACUCGGCCAGUGUUGCAUCAUGCACCACGCCGCGCCCUCAGGGAAGCAAAAUGGACUCCGUGGAGGCUACAGACGCAUGGGCACCGGCCCUGGGCGUACAUCCCAGGCCCGCCCUGUCAUCGCCCUGCCGGGAGAAUGCUGGGGACCCCCGCGCCCGACCCUUGCCGUGUCCGCGACCCCAAGGGACUCGAAGACCCCCUCCCAAGCUUCGUGCACCGCCCAGGGCUACUGCGUCAGACCCAGCGGUGCCAACUCCGACCCUCUGGAUCUCUGCAAGCUGACCA